CAUCAUUUUCCAUAUUGCACUACCUGUUUCCCAUCAUCAUGGCAUCUGGCAUCUGUUGCUAGAGCUGCAUUUAACAAAGUGAAUUUUUUUUUUUCUUACAUUUUGUCCAUAAGUCCAGAGGGAUGAGUCUGAUCCCUGUAAAUCCGUUUUGGGCAUUGUGACCUUGACAGUCCUUUGUCCGGUAUUGUAGUUCUUGCUGCAAUGCUUUCUCAUCAUCCGGUUUUAAGGAGAUGAAAGCCACUGUCAAUAGGUUGGUGAAUGGGACUCACCAUUGUCUCUCUUAUCAUUAGACCGCUCAGAAACUGUGGGCUUGGUUUACAGUGUCAAUCAAAGAGAGCAGAUUUUGAAGGCCACCAAAAUAUUAAUAACCAUAACCCUUAUUAUGACUGCACGCUGACAAUUAUCAUUACUGUAACUCCCCAUUCUUGAGAAAAGAGAAAAUAAUGAUCUAAUGUUUCCCGAAUUUUCUUUGCUAGCCAAAUAAUGGACUUAAUAAACACAUUUCAUUUCUUACAUUGACACUAAUAACAUUUUUAUCUGCUAUAAUGAGUGGUACAUAAAAAAAUAAUGUUAACUAUGAAUGCAUAGUACUAAUUACUUACUUUGAUCAAUGUAUUUCAAUGGAGCAAUUAAUUUGUUAUGCAUAUCCUUGGUUGGGGCCGCAACUGUUCAUUGAAUUUUAAUCACUUAGAAAUGGUGUGGAAAGCCACAUAUCCAAAUUUGUUGAUGACUUUACGACAAACAGCACGGUACGCAGUAUAACUGGUAACAUAUAUACUGAUAGAAAUAGUCAGUUCGUUAGAAGUAUAGCAAUGGAGUGCAGUGGAGGUGUGUGUGCGCGCGCAAGGUCAUUCAUGUUGGAAUUAAAAUGGCCGUUACAGGAUACCAUUAAAUGGUGAAGUCAGAAGCAGUUAUGGCAAAUUUGCCUACAAAAUGCCAUAAAUAAAUAUUGCAAUGUUGAUAUGAACAUGGAGUGAAAUUAUGACAGAGAGACAGAAUAUUAACAAAGUAGUUAUAACCUUGUUAUAACCAAUGCCCAAAGAAGUAAUAACCUUCCCGUGCCAAGUCCGUAGAGAUGCAGGUCGCUGUUCCUGAAGUGCAUAUUCAAGGUCUUUUUAAAUGCCGUGAGGGUUUCUUCCUCCACCACAUCAGACAAAAACAGCAUUCUCAAGCACCAACACAUCAACUGGCUGGAUAUCAAGUACAAGAGCAGUCCAUGGUGAAACCCUGCACUCUGCAGGCAAGACGAGAUGUGUUCCCACAGGGAGCGAGAGGAGCUCAGACAAUGAGUUAUCCCAUCAACAAAACAGGUGGGCAGCAUAGUGCUGCAGCAGUAGAGUUGCUGGCUUAUAGCACCAGAGACUCGGGUUCGAACCUGACUAAUCGUGCUAUCUGUACAGCGUUUGUAUGUUCUCCCCGUGGAGCGGCCUCCAACCUGAACGACCCGGGGGCUCGGGAGACUGCGGAGCUGCGGACUACUCACCAUCGUGGGGCUGGCCGGCCUCGGAGCGUGGGGAGCGGUGGUGACUCGCUGCUGCGACUCGACUCCUGGGCUUGGAGGCUCCAGCAACGCAGCCGCAGGUCCGGUGGACUGUCGGGACAUCGGGAGCUCGCGGGUCCGGGGGGAGAGACCUCUUCCCGGAGCUCCCGCAACGCGACUUCUCCAACCCGUGUCGCGAGGUUGGAACGACACGGAGUGGGGACGUACAUCGCCCGGCACGGCUUCAUGGCCGUGGGACAUUCCAGCACCCGCAGGGGGCUCCAACUCAGUGACAUUUAGACUGGGAGCGGGGCCGUAAAUUGCCCGGCACGGCCUAAAAUGGCCGUGAGACUAAGCAUCGCCCGCCUGGGGCUUGGAUAUCGGGAGAGAAAUGGAGAACAGGGAAGAGAAAAGACUUUGCCUUCCAUCACAGUGGGUUCACUGUGAUGGAUGUUUGUGUGAAUUAAAUUGUGUGUAUGUUUGUAGGAAAUUGU